CAAUAUGUACCACACCAGCUGGCAUUUCUAGGAAUAUUCCUCGGCCUGCGUCAAACUGUUCAAGGACCCCAGGAUGUCAAUGCUAGCUGAGCCUCGCAGAAAACAAAAGUGGUCUGUUGACCCCCGGAAUAGCGCCUGGAGUAAAGAUGACUCCAAAUUUGGCCAGAAGAUGUUGGAGCGGAUGGGCUGGUCCAAGGGAAAGGGACUUGGGAGGAGUGAGCAAGGAUCCACAGACCAUAUAAAAGUAAAAGUUAAAAACAACCAUCAUGGUCUAGGAACCAAUACCAGUCAUGAGGAUAACUGGAUUGAUCAUCAAGAUGAAUUUAAUGACCUUCUUGCUCAGCUGAACAACCACCAUGGUCAGAACACCAAUGAAAAGAUUGAGGCUCCUUCAGAUGAACAGAAGGGAUUCAGCUUGGAAGAGAAAUCCAAGACCACCAAAAAGAGGGUCCACUACAUGAAGUUCACUAAAGGAAAGGACUUGUCCAACCGUAGUGAAACAGACCUUAACUGUAUCUUUGGGAAGAGGGCAAGACCAGCCAAACACCAAGAGCAGGAGAGCAGCAGCAGUGACUCCCAGGGGGAGAGCGAGGAGGGCGCCACUCCGGCUGUGUCGGAGCUGGAUCCAGAGGCCAUCACCAAAACGGUGACCAGCACACUGACCAUGCAGGAGUACUUUGCCCAGCGAAUGGCGCAGCUGAAAAAGGCUCGCCAAGGCCCGACUGCAACAUAUCCUACAGAGGCAGAGGCCACAGAGACAUCAGGUCCAACUGAGCAAGUUAGUCCAGUCUGCAGCAGCGAGGAAACAGAAGACGCGGGAAGGAAGAAGAAGAAGAAGAAGAAGAAAAAGAGCAAGAAGCCCACCGAGGAUAUAGAAGUCGUUGAAGAGCAGUCCAGCGCUCCCAUUUCAGGAGAAAAUGGAGAAAACGGGGAAAAGGAGUCAUCGAGGAAGAAAAAGAAGAGGAAAAUGGCAGAAACCCACAAGGACGUAAAUGAGGACGUUAGCUCUGCAGAUGUUGUGGAGCUGAGCUGCGAAGAGCCGCCCCGCUCGAAGAAGAAAAAGCUCAAAAAGCACAAAGAAAGUGAGCUGUUAAGUGGAAACAAUCUGACUGAGACUGAAAGUGUAGAGUCAGAGCUCACACACAACAGCCACAGAGAAGAGGGUGAGGUAGCUAAAGAGGAUGAGGGGGGUUUGGAGGGAAAGAAGUCCAAAAAGAAGAAGAAAAAGAGAGAAAGACAGGAAUAAGGUAGAUCUCAUUAAUUGGAAUCUUUCAGGUCUCCAAAGGACUUCAUAUUCCUCCUCUGACAUUUAUGGGGAAAACAAAUUAUAUAUCUUAGACAUAAUCUGAAAACAGCAUUUUGAUGUUGGCCACUGGCAGGUUUGUUAAAAAUGAAACAAACUGUUAUGUGAUCUAUUUAAAUGUGUUUUUACAUGAAGUGUCCACAUGCAGACAUAGCAUUCCAACACUUUUCCCUCAGAAUUUGAUGGGAGCAACACUCAUGGUUCCUCAUAGUAAGAUGUGUCGAUGAAUUAAAGAUAUCACUGUACUCCAGUUAAUGCUGUGCACAGCAAAACUCUUUAAGGAAAAUGUUUGUGAAUGAGUAAUGCACCUUCUCCCCCCUGUUUUAUAAUGUCAUACAAAGACUUUAAUGUCAUACAAAUAAACAGAUAAAAUUAGUUGUUUUAGCAGAUAUAUGAGAAGGACCAUGUCAUUUGUAUUAAAUCGGGUGAAUAAUAUAUCUGGAUCGUACCUCCUGAAUAAAACCAUCUGCCAAA